AUGUCUUUCAUUGCAUUAGUUCUAGCUCUUCGAGCGAGGAAGAAGAGGGCGAAAGCGAAGAAGUCCAGCAAGAAGUGAGUCAUUCUGCAUACCUACUGGUUAACAAACAUGUCUUGCCGCACAACACUUGGCUACAUCUAAUGACACAGGCAUUUGGUUUGACCCAAAGCAUUGAAUCAGCUGGAGGCCGAGAGCAUACAUCCAGUUUCCGUGGUGUCCUAAAAAGCACUGAUUGACUGGGCGUUGUGGUCUGUGUCCACUCCAGACUGUACAGCAGAUGUUCUGAUUUAGCAAUAUCCAUGAUGAAGUCACUUCCCUUGUCAGUCAGCACAUCUGUUUGUUUUUUUACCACGCACCAUAUCACCUAGUUAAUGAUUUAUUUAGGAUCAUAGUACAGUUGCUAGUGAAACUCUACACACCCCUUGCACAGUAUUCACAUUUUGCUGCCUUAAAAUAAAAAGGGAUUACGUUCGAUUUGGUUCCCCUAUCGAGCUACACAACCUAUUCCACUUAGAAAUACAAAAAUGAGGAUGUAUUGAUUGUCUUCACAGCCCAUAGUUAAUACAUGGUGAAGCACCUUUGGCAGCUAUUACAGCUGCGAAUCGUUUUGAAUAGUAUUCUACUGACCUUGCACAACUCUUAGGGCAACAUACUGUAUAUCCAUUGUUUUGUCAAAAUUCAUCAAGCUCAGUCAAUCUGGUUGGGAAUCAUUGAUGGACAGCAAUUUUCAAACCUUGUCUCUGAUUUUUAUUUUUUUAAGCAGAUUUAAAUCAGGAAGGAGACUGGGCCAUUCAGGAACACAACACCUCUUGGAAAGCCAUUCUUGUUUGUCUUUGGCAUAGUAAAAUAAACGUUUUCAGAAGACUGAGGUGUCAUGUUAUGGUAUGCGUGUUACCUGGGCUUUGCUCCUUUCAUAUUUAUUUUGAUUGUAACCAACUCCCCAGUCCCUGCCGGUGACAAGCAUACCCAUAACAUGAUGCUGCCACCACAACACUUGAAAAUACAAAGGGAUCAACAUUGCAUUCACUCUACAUUACUGGCCUGUAUGACAAAGUGAAAAGAAGGAAGUGUGUGUUAUAAAAUCCACUCCAAAUCAUCCAUUGUGUUUGCAACAAGGCUGUUAAGUAAUACUGCAAGACAACAUGGCCUAAAUUAAAAACUACAGCUUUGGGUCAAAUCCAAUGCAACACAAAACCGAGUGAAACCCUCUGUAUUUUCAAGUAAUGUAUAAGAUCUCAUAUGCCUGUGUUUACCACAGACCUUAUUUUCAGCGUUUAUCCCCCCAAGAAUAGCAUUCAUUUCCCCAUAGGCUUUGGCCAAUGAACCAUGGCGGAGUUAGUGCCUACAAAAAGACGCCAUUACUAUUUCUCUCUAUUACAUGCCAAAGACACAGCCUACACCUCUCCUCUUUCCAAGAGGUGUUGAGGGUUCCUGUUUUCAUGAGACUGACCAGGUGAAAGCUAUGAUCCCUUAUUGAUGUCACUUGUUAAGUCCACUUCAAUCAGUGUAGAUGAAGGGGAGGAGACAACAGGUUAAAUAAGGGUUUUUAAGCCUCGAGUUGAAUUGUGUAUGUGUGCCAGGUGCACCAGUUUGUGUCAAGAACUGCAACGCUGCUGGGGUUUUCACGCUCAACAGUUUCCCGUGUGUAUCAAGAAUGGUCCACCACCCAAAGGACAUCCAGCCAACUUGACAUAACUGUGGCAAGCAUUGGAGUCAACAUGGGCCAGCAGCCCUGUGGAACCCUUUCGACACCUUGUAGAGUUUAUGCCCUGACAAAUUGAGGCUGUUCUGAGGGCAAAGGGGGGAGGGUGCAACUCAAUAUUAGGACAGUGUUCUUAAUGUUUGCGAUAUGUUCUAGAAAAUGCAAUGCAUGCUUUGUGUGAAGUUUCUAGAAAGACUUUGUAUGGUGAUUCAUUAUAGGCUUUGAGUGUCUUAACUAUAACUGCCUCUGGUUUAUCUAUUAUUUGUAGUCAGAAGGAAUGCAGCAUAUCUGGAAAUGUCUUGAGCUGCUAACAUCAAUAUUUACAUAGUGUUUGUGACCUGGACAGAUAUGGAUGUCUGAAUGCAGACAGCAGGGCUACUCAUGGAGCGCCAAAGCACUUCUGGCUUUUGUUUCCCCUCUGACAGUUACUUGUACUCAGUUAAUUAGCUAAUUGGUGUCCCAGGUCUACAGUAAAUCAGUCCCUAAUUAUAUAUCGCAAGAUGUAAAGCCGGCAGAAGUGUAACUGGGUCAGAUUUGAGUUGCCCCGGCAUGGCAGGCACACAGUUUAGUACAAAUGUCAGUGCCUCUUGGGCCUGCCCAGAACGACAAUGUACCUCAAAGAAUCCUAUAACACCCAUUUUGAAUAUCUUAGAAUGUUAUGAAUGAUGUACAGUAUUUUAGUAAAUCCUGUGUAUAGGAAGGAUUGAGAUUGUUGUGGUUUACCCAACAUCCAAGCCAACCCGCACUAUGCCAUCACACAUGGCAGACAUCCUUCUGUAGGCCCUAUGUUAUGUAAUGCCUAUCUGCUGUGCUGCUAGCUAUAUUUAAAACAGCAGGAGAGCGGUGAAGUUAACUGAAGUAUGACAUUAUGGAUGGUGGAAAUGCCAUGUCCAUCAAGGUAUUAUUAUAGAUGAUGGCAGUUUCUGCUAAAGAACACAGCCUAGUCUCAGCACCCAGAACCAAACCUUAUCACGAGACUUCACAUUAGCCUAGAUAGGCAAAACUUUUUUGUAUUUUUCGAACAAUGGAUUUCCACACUGCGGUCAUCCUGUGUAUGUGAAUAACUUGCGUUUAUUUCUAGAGCAGUAAGCCAGUUAGCUGGCUGUUACACUGAUUUGAGACGUCUUGAAUGGAAAAGGGCAACAGUCCUGUAUCAAAUGUCAGUGUAAAUGCCAUGCAAGUCACUCAUCUCUGGAAAAAAGUUUACGUCAUCCUUGGGAAAAACGUCUAUUUUUAUGAAAGAGGUGGUAGAAUGUAAUACUGCAUUUAGCGUGCGAGACAUGUUAAAAUUGAAGGCGAUAGUCUGAUAUUUUGUUAUUGUUGUCAUACUGUAGUUGGUGCAUUACUCAGACUAGUAUGACCUCCAGGCAGCCAGCCGACAGCGUCUCAACAGCAGCCCCAGCCAGAGGCCUCUGUUCUAAAUACAGUGCCUUCAGAGAGUACUCACACCCCUUGGACUUAUUCCACGUUUUGUUGUUACAGCCUGAAUUCAGAAUGUAUUCAAUUGAUUUUUUUUCUCUCACCCAUCUACACACACAAUACCCCAUAAUGACAAAGUGAAAGCAUGUUUUUAGAAAUUGUAGCAAAUGUAUUCAAUUUAAAUACAGAAAUAUCACAUUUGCACAAGUAUUCCCACCCCUGAGUCAAUACUUUGUAGAAGCACAUUUGGUGGUAAUUACAGCUUUGAGUGGUCUUGUGUAUGUCUGUAUCAGCUUUGCACAUCUGGAUUUGGGCUUUUUUUUUUGCCAUUCUUCCUUGAAGAUUUUCUCAAGCUCUGUUAAGUUAGAUGGGAAGCAGCGGUGAACAGCAAUCUUCAAGUCUUUCCACAAAUGUUCAAUGGCAUUCAAGUCUGGGCUUUGGCUGGGCCACUCAAGGACUUUCACAUUCUUGUUCUGAAGCCAUUCCAGCGUUGCAUUGGCUGUAUGCUUUGAGUCAUUGUCCUGUAGGAAUGUAAAUCUUCGCCCCCAGUCUAAGGUCGUUUGCACUCUGAAGCAGGUUCUCAAGGAUUUGGCUCCAUUCAUUGUUCCCUCUCCUUACCAGUCUCCCAGUCCCUGCUGCUGAAAAGCAUCCCCAUAGCAUGAUGCUGCCACCACCAUGCUUCACAGUAGGGAUGGUGUUCGAUGGGUGAUGAGCUGUGCCUGCUUUUCUCCAGACAUAGCGCGUGCAUUCAGGUCAAAGAGUUCCAUUUAUUUCUCAUUAGACCACAGAAUUUUUUGCCAUAUGCUUGAAGUCUUUCACAUGCCUUUUUGCAAACUCCAGGCAUGCUGUCAUGUGCCUUUUUCCUCAGGAGUGGCUUCUGUCAGGUCACUCUCCCAUAAAGCCCAGAUUGGUGAAGUGCUGUAGAGACUGUUGUCCUUCUGGCAGGUUCUCCCAUCUCAGCCAAGGAACUCUGUAGUUCUGUCAGGGUGGUCAUUGGGUUCUUGGUUACCUCCCUGACCAAGGUCCUUCUUGCCCGGUUGCUCAGUUUGGUCGGACGGCCAGCUCUAGGCAGAGUCUGGGUCGUUCCAUAUUUUUUCCAUUUCCUAAUGAUGGAGACCACUGUGCUCUUGGGAACUUUCAGCACUCUAGAAAUAGUUUUCUACCCUUCCCCAGAUAUAUGCCUCAUCACAAUUUUAUAUCUCUGAGAUCUACAGAUGUUCCUUGGACUUUGUGGUAUAGUUUCUGCUCUGACAUGCACUUAUGUGGAAUAAGUCAAGGUGUAUGAAUACUUUCUGAAGGCACUGUAUGUUCUGUUAUCGUUGUUAUACUUCCAGAACAUUCAUGUGUCUUCCAGGCACCCAGCUGCUCAGCAGCAGUCCCAAGCAGAGGCCUCUCCCCAGGAGCCAGAGGAGCCGGAGGAGAUCCUAGGCUCUGAUGACGAGGAGCAGGAGGACCCCAAUGACUACUGCAAAGGUGAGUGGUCCUCGUAUACUCACAAUGUACUGGAGGUCUUCACGGAACUACCUGAGAUCCGACGUGGAAAAUAUGUGAAAUACCGACAGUAUCCAAAAUGUAUAUUUUGAAGAGUUUAGUUCCUAAACAAACAAAUGCAAAUUUCACUCAUUUACAUUUUAUUCUCUUAAGUUAUUGUCAGGGGGUCGGUCACCUUUCAUCAAACCGAAUGUGUCAAUAUCAUUUUGUGACAACUGCAUGUUCUCUUUAUGAAAACUCGCCAUUGACGUGGGAUAUUGUAGCCUACUUGUUGUGAGAGAGGAGGAAGACUCCGGGGGGGGGGGGGAAGAAUGAUAGCCUAGGCUAUAAGAAAGUGAGUUUCUGAAACACUGAGUCGUUAUUUGCUAAUGUGAAGAAACUGAAUGAAAGGGAGUACAGGGAAUGGGAGAGGCUACAGGGGAAUGGGAGAGGCUACAGGGGAAUGGGAGAGGCUACAGGGGAAUGGGAGAGGCUACAGGGGAAUGGGAGAGGCUACAGGGGAAUGACAGAGGCUACAGGGAAUGACAGAGGCUACAGGGAAUGACAGAGGCUACAGGCAAUGACAGAGGCUACAGGGAGGGAAAACCAACGUCUGUAUGGUCUCAUGCACGUUGUGGAUACGGAGGAGGCUCUUGGCCCAUAUUUUCAAGACCUGAGUUAUUUAAUGCAUUUGUUUAAUUUAUUCAAUUUACUAGUUUAAAUAUCUUAAUUUAUUAAUUUAGGCUUAGCCUAUUUAAUAGUCCUAUGGGCUACUUUGCUAUUGUAUUUGGGCUAUUUUCUAAGUUUUCUAAUGUUGAGUGACUCGAGUCAGUGUGAUGUUUGUCAGCAUAAAGUCUGCUCGGGGGCGGCAGGUAGCUUAGUGGGUAAGAGCGUUGUGCCAGUAACCGAAAGGUCGCUGGUUCUAAUCCCCGAGCCGACUAGGUGAAAAAUCUGUCGAUGUGCCCUUAAGCAAGGCACUUAACCCUAAUUGCUCCUGUAAGUCGCUCUGGAUAAGAGCGUCUGCUAAAUGACUAAAAUGUAAAUUUUGAGAAAAAAAAUCGGAUCUCAAUUUCGGCAUCUGAGAAGACCUCUACAAUGUACACACUUGCCACUUUUGUUCAAAGUUCACAAAAUAAACACAGCUGUAGAAGAGUCUCCUCACUUUGAUCAAUGGCAAUUUCAGUCAAUUUCAGACUUAAGUAAACCCACACAGGAUGUUAUUAUACUGAACAAAAAUAUAAACGCAACAUGUAAAGUGUUGGUUUCAUGUUUCAUGAGCUGAAAUAAAAGAUCCCAGAAAUGUUCCAUACGAACAAAAAGCUUAAUUUUCUCACAUGUUGUGCAGGCAUUUCUUUACAUCCCUGUUAGUGAGCAUUUCUCCUUUGCCAAGAUAAUCCAUCCACCUGACAGGUGUGGCAUAUCAAGAAGCUGAUUAAACAGCAUGAUCAUUAUACAGGUGCACCCUGUGUUCGACAAUAAAAGGCCACUCUAAAAUGUGCAGUUUCGUCUCACAACACAAUGCCACAGAUGUCUCAAGGUUUGAGGGAGCAUCCAAUUGGCAUACUGACUGCAGGAAUGUCCACCAGAGCUGUUGCCAGAUAAUUAAAUGUUAAUUUCUCUACCAUAAGCCGCCUCCAACGUAGUUUUAGAGAAUUUGGCAGUACAUCCAACCGGCCUCACAACCGCAGACAACGUGUAACCACACCAGCGGAGGACCUCCACAUCCGGCUUCUUCACCUGCGGGAGCGUCUGAGACCAGCCAACCGGACAGCUGAUGAAACUGAGGAGUAUUCUGGUCUGGCUCCCCAGUGGGUGGGCCUAUGCCCUCCCAGGCCCAUCCAUGGAUGCACCCCUGCCCAGUCAUGUGAAAUCCAUAGAUUAGGGCCUAAUUAAUUUAUUUCAAUUGACUGAUUUCCUUAAAUAUACUGUAACUCAGUCAAAUUGUUGAAAUCGUUCAGUAUACAUUAAAAAAAAUAUUAUUAGUCCUAAUAACAAAUAAUGAAUGUGUAACUUGUUUUUCUUCUGUCACCAAUCUCCCUCUCCUGUGUGUCUAGGUGGUUACCACCAUGUAAAGAUAGGAGACCUGUUCAACGGGAGGUACCAUGUGAUCAGGAAGCUGGGCUGGGGACACUUCUCCACUGUGUGGCUGGCCUGGGACAUCCAGUAAGAACAUCUUAUCAUACGUUUCUCUGUCCAUUACACACGUAAAGGUGGAUGUUUUUCUCUGAGCACAUCUGAAAUGGCAUCGUAUUGGCUCAGGCCGUAAGUAUUGCACUAUUUAAGGAAUAGGGUGCCAUUUGGGACAAAGAGACUGUCUUCUGUGUCAGCUUGACUGAUUGACAGUCUGUUUUUUUAGGGUGAAGAGGUUUGUGGCUAUGAAGGUGGUGAAGAGUGCAGAGCACUACACAGAGACAGCUGUGGAUGAGAUCAAACUGCUGAGAUCUGUGAGUACUAACUUAAGUCAGCUAUACCCAACAUGACAUCAGCCUGAUCUUUUCAUCUGUAAAAUGCCUCCUUUGCUCUCCUUUCUUUUUCUUUCGGACACAUUUGUUCUGAUACGUUUGGUUUUCCUGGCUUUGCUUCGUAGGUGAGAAACACAGACCCUGACGACCCCAAGAGGGAAAUGGUAGUCCAGCUACUAGAUGACUUCAAGAUCUCCGGCAUCAACGGGACUCAUGUGUGCAUGGUGUUUGAGGUGCUGGGGCACCACCUACUGAAGUGGAUCAUCAAGUCCAACUACCAGGGCCUUCCCCUGCCCUGCGUCAAGAGCAUCAUACGACAGGUAACUAGUACCAAGAGCAUCAUAUGACAGGUAACUAGUACCAAGAGCAUCAUAUGACAGGUAACUAGUAUCGAGAGCAUCAUACGACAGGUAACUAGUACCAAGAGCAUCAUACGACAGGUACUAGUACCAAGAGCAUCAUAUGACAGGUAACUAGUACCAAGAGCAUCAUAUGACAGGUAACUAGUACCAAGAGCAUCAUAUGACAGGUAACUAGUACCAAGAGCAUCAUACGACAGGUAACUAGUACCAAGAGCAUCAUACGACAGGUAACUAGUACCAAGAGCAUCAUACGACAGGUAACUAGUACCAAGAGCAUCAUAUGACAGGUAACUAGUACCAAGAGCAUCAUACGACAGGUAACUAGUACCAAGAGCAUCAUACGACAGGUAACUAGUACCAAGAGCAUCAUACGACAGGUAACUAGUACCAAGAGCAUCAUAUGACAGGUAACUAGUACCAAGAGCAUCAUGUGACGGUUAACUAGUACCAAGAGCAUCAUACGACAGGUAACUAGUACCAAGAGCAUCAUACGACAGGUAACUAGUACCAAGAGCAUCAUACGACAGGUAACUAGUACCAAGAGCAUCAUAUGACAGGUAACUAGUACCAAGAGCAUCAUACGACAGGUAACUAGUACCAAGAGCAUCAUACGACAGGUAACUAGUACCAAGAGCAUCAUACGACAGGUAACUAGUACCAAGAGCAUCAUAUGACAGGUAACUAGUACCAAGAGCAUCAUACGACAGGUAACUAGUACCAAGAGCAUCAUACGACAGGUAACUAGUACCAAGAGCAUCAUGUGACGGUUAACUAGUACCAAGAGCAUCAUGUGACAAGUAACUAGUACCAAGAGCAUCAUGUGACUGUUAACUAGUACCAAGAGCAUCAUAUGACAGGUAACUAGUACCAAGAGCAUCAUAUGACGGUUAACUAGUACCAAGAGCAUCAUGUGACAAGUAACUAGUACCAAGAGCAUCAUAUGACGGUUAACUAGUACCAAGAGCAUCAUGUGACAGGUAACUAGUACCAAGAGCAUCAUAUGACGGUUAACUAGUACCAAGAGCAUCAUGUGACCGGUAACUAGUACCAAGAGCAUCAUAUGACGGUUAACUAGUACCAAGAGCAUCAUGUGACAGGUAACUAGUACCAAGAGCAUCAUGUGACGGGUAACUAGUACCAAGAGCAUCAUAUGACAGGUAACUAGUACCAAGAGCAUCAUAUGACGGUUAACUAGUACCAAGAGCAUCAUGUGACAAGUAACUAGUACCAAGAGCAUCAUAUGACAGGUAACUAGUACCAAGAGCAUCAUAUGACGGUUAACUAGUACCAAGAGCAUCAUGUGACAAGUAACUAGUACCAAGAGCAUCAUAUGACAGGUAACUAGUACCAAGAGCAUCAUAUGACGGUUAACUAGUACCAAGAGCAUCAUGUGACAAGUAACUAGUACUAAGAUACAUAUCCUCAUACCUUGGCUAGCCUAAUCUCAGAAUCCAGAACCAAAUAUUGCGUGUGCUAGCUACUCAAUUUGACAUUUAUCUAAACAAUGUGUCAUGAGAGACAUGGGGCCGGCAUCUGUUUCUCCCAUACGUGUUUGUGCUUGUUUUGAAGGUUUUACUUGCAGUAUCUGUGACAUGUGGUUGUUUUACCUACCUUCAUUGAAUGCACUGAAUGUAAGUCACUCUGGAUAAGAGCGUCUGCUAAAUGACUAAAAUGUAAUGGAACGUUAUCCAGGUCCUCCAGGGGCUGGACUACCUUCACACCAAGUGUAAGAUCAUCCACACGGACAUCAAGCCAGAGAACAUCCUGUUGACGGUGAAUGAGCCGUACGUGAGGAGGCUGGCCGCGGAGGCUACAGAGUGGCAGAAAGCAGGGGCUCCCCCCCCCUUCAGGGUCAGCGGGUAGGGGCCAUACACACACCGUACAGACCGACUACUGUGAUGCAGUGCCCUAGUUCCAGUUUAUUGGGAGGCUCUGCAUUUUCUGGGUUUGGGCACAAGAUUAUUAUUGUUUUGUAUUCUUACUUGGUUCUGUUGUCUUUUCAGUCAGCACAGCGCCCGCUCCAAAAGCAGUAAGUUGCCUCUUUUCAUUCGUUGCCUCUGCUUGAGAUUUGUUUGUUGGUGUUGUUACUAAACCCUGUUGGUGGUGUUACUAAACCCUGUUGUUGGUGGUGUUACUAAACCCUGUUGUUGGUGGUGUUACUAAACCCUGUUGUUGGUGGUGUUACUAAACCCUGUUGGUGGUGGUGUUACUAAACCCUGUUAUUGGUGGUGUUACUAAACCCUGUUGUUGGUGGUGUUACUAAACCCUGUUGUUGGUGGUGUUACUAAACCCUGUUGUUGGUGGUGGUACUAAACCCUGUUGUUGGUGGUGUUACUAAACCCUGUUGUUGGUGGUGUUACUAAACCCUGUUGGUGGUGUUACUAAACCCUGGUGGUGGUGGUGUUACUAAACCCUGGUGGUGGUGGUGUUACUAAACCCUGGUGGUGGUGGUGUUACUAAACCCUGGUGGUGGUGUUGUUACUAAACCCUGGUGGUGGUGUUGUUACUAAACCCUGGUGGUGGUGUUGUUCUAAACUUGGUGUUGUUGUCUGAACCUUGGUGUUGUUGUUACUAAACCUUGGUGUUGUUACUAAACCUUGGUGGUGUUACUAAACCUUGGUGGUGUGUGUUACUAACCUGGUGGUGUUGUAUAAACCUGGUUGUGUUGUACUGAACCCUGUGUGGUGGCUAACCGGUGGGUACUAAACCCUGGGUGGUGUGUUACUAACCCUGGUGUUGGGUGGUACUAAACCCUGGGUUGUUGUACUAAACCCUGGUGUUGGUACUAAACCCGGGUGUUGGUACUAAACCUGUGUUGUACUAACCUGGUUUGGUACUAACUGGUGGUACUAAACCUGUGUUUGUACUAAACCCUGGUGUUGGUACUAAACCCGGUGUCGUGUUACUAAACCCUGGUGGUGGUGGUGUUACUAAACCCUGGUGUGGUGGUGUUACUAACCCUUGGUGUGGUGUUCUAACCUGUUGGUGUGGUGUUACUAAACCCUGUAUGUGGUGUACUAACCUGUUGUUGGUGGUGUUACUAAACCCUGUUGGUGGUGUUACUAAACCCUGUUGUGUGGUGUUACUAAACCCUGUUGGUGGUGUGUUACUAAACCCUGUGUGGUGUGUGUUACUAAACCCUGGUGGUGGUGGUUACUAAACCCUGUUGGUGGUGGUGUUACUAAACCCUGUUGGUGGUGUGUUACUAAACCCUGUUGGUGGUGGUUGUACUAAACCCUGUUGGUGGUGUUACUAAACCCUGUUGUGGUGGUGUUACUAAACCCUGUUGUUGGUGUUGUUACUAAACCCUGUUGUUGUGUGUUACUAAACCCUGUUGUUGGUGUUGUUACUAAACCUUGGUGGUGUUACUAAACCUUGGUGGUGUUACUAAACCUUGGUGGUGGUGUUUUACUAACCUUGGUGUGUUCUACCUGGUGUGUUACUAAACCCUUGGUGGUGUUACUAACCUUGGUGGUGGUGUUGUUGUACUAACCCUGGUGUUGGUACUAACCUGGUGUUGUACUAAACCCUGGUGGGUGGUUGUUACUAAACCCUGGUGGUGGUGUUGUUACUAAACCCUGGUGUUGGUGUUGUUACUAAACCCUGGUGUUGGUGUUGUUACUAAACCCUGGUGUUGGUGUUGGUACUAAACCCUGGUGUUGGUACUAAACCCUGGUGUUGGUACUAAACCCUGGUGUUGGUACUAAACCCUGGUGUUGGUACUAAACCCUGGUGGUGGUGUUGUUACUAAACCCUGGUGGUGGUGUUGUUACUAAACCUUGGUGUUGGUGUUACUAAACCCUGUUGGUGUUGUUACUAAACCCUGUUGUGAGUCCUGUCUGUCUCACUGUUCCUUUUCCUCUUCCUCCUGUUCUCCAGAUGGCCAAAAUGUCCAAGAACAAGAAGAAGAAGUUAAAGAAGAAGCAGAAGCGUCAGGCGGAGCUGUUGGAGAAAUGCAUUCUGGAUCUGGAGGAGAUGGAGAAGGCUCCGGGGAGGGAGGAGGAGGAUGAAGAGGAGGACCCAGAGUCUCCAGUCUCUUCCAAACAGGAGCGGACAUAUUGUGCUCCUCUCAGACAGGUUUCCUUACAGGAGGUAGCCAUCCAAGACUCAACCAGUGAGUGUCUGGAAUUCAAUUCAGUACAAUUUUGUCCCUCAAGGGGAUGUUGGUUAGAUUAGUAUUUUUCAAUCAUGGGCCUGGAGAUCCACACUGGGUUGUACAGGCGUUUUUGCUCAGCCCACCACUGAUGCACCUGACUCAACUGAUCUACUAAUUAUCAAGCCCUUGAUUAGUUGAAUCAGCUGGGCUGGGACAAAAACCUGCACACCCAGUGGGUCUCCAAGACCAGGAUGAAGAACAACACAGAAUUAGACUAAUUAGAAGGGAACUACUAGUCCAGCCUGACAUGUUAUUUUCUUGUUUACCCAGCGUGCAUUGCGGGUGUGGAUGUGACGCGGUUAGGACCACAAGGCAUAAUAACUGCGGGAAAGAUGUACUGUAACGGCAAGGAGAGGGAGGAAGACCAACACAACGGUAACACAGACCCAGCAGAGGAUCACGGUCUUCUUCAGGAGUCAAACCCACAGGAGUCAAACCCACAGGAGUCAAACCCACAGGAGUCAAAAAAGGAGUCAAAUGGUCAGGAGUCUCCACCUCCUCAACCCGUGUGUAACGGCCUGGUGUCCCCAGAAACAGAGGAGCCUGAGACCCCAGAGAGUGAGGAGUGGAGUGGAGCUCUGACCAGGAAGAUGGCUGAGACUGAAACAACAAGCUUUAGAGUCCGGGAGGAGGAGCAGCUGUCACCGGAGGAGGAGGAGCAUCAGGAGAAGAAUCAGGACAGGAGUCGGGAGGAAGUCACAGAGGAGGUGCAGGACAGGAGUUGGGGGAGGAGGAGGCCACAGAGCUGCUGGAUGAUGUCCGUCAGUAUGGAGAAGAACAGGAGAGUCUGAAGGAUGGUGAGUAGACCACCAUGAUGUUGAGAACAUUACGCUGCUAUGCAGGGAGGAGCACGUGUGUGCCUAAACUGAAAAAUGUAGGGGCAUAAUGAAAAAUAUUUGAGUUAAACAUUUUCUUUGUAGUAAUGGUGCAAGCACGACGUUCAUGAAUCUGCUCUGUGUAUUCUCCAUGGCACUCAAGGGCUGCUGUACAGUGAACUAAUCAUUGCAACAAUGAUCAUCUGGGUGAUCAUUUUUCUAGGCCCAUUGGUGCUCCUAAAUACAAAUUCCAGGUCGCACAGCAAAAUAUUUAGACGCAUAUGCAAGUAAAAUGGUUGCACUUUAGAGCCCUGCUAUGUGGUGGAGCUGUAGACAUGGCUAUGUGUUUAUCUCUAGCGAUACAACCAGGAGGUUAGGAGGGCAUUUUCAUUAUGAUUGAACAAAGUCAUCUCCUCAUCUGAGUUUAAGUACAGUAGUUUGUUGUGUUCCUCCUUUAUUUGACUGUCAGGUUAGUGUUGAAAUGGCUGCUUGUCCCUCUCUCUCUCCCCCUUCCCCUCUCUCUACCUCUCCCUUCCUCUCUCCCUUCCCCUCUCUCUACCUCUCCUCACUUCCCCUCUCUCUACCUCUCCUUCUCUCCUCCCUCCCUCUCUACCUCUCCCUUCCCCUCUCUCUCCCUCUCCCUUCCCUCUCUACCUCUCCCUCCCUCCUCCCUUCUCCUCUCUACCUCUCCCUUCCCCUCUCUCUACCUCUCCCUCCUCCCCUCUCUCUACCUCUCCCUUCCCCCCUCUCUACCUCUCCCUUCCCCCCUCUCUACCUCUCCCUUCCCCCCUCCUACCCCCUCCUUCCCCUCUCCUCCUCUCCUUCCCUUCCCUCCUCCUCUACCUCUCUCCUUCCCCUCUCUCUACCUCUCUCUUCCCUUCCCCUCUCUCUAACCUCUCCUUCCUCCCCUCUCUCUCCUCCUCUCUACCUCCCCUCUCCCUCUCACUUCCCUCCUCUCUACCUCUACUUCCCUUCCUCUCUCUACCCUCCUUCCUCCCCUCUCUCUACUCUUCUCCCUUCCCCUCUCUCUCCUCCUCACUUCCCCUCUCCCUCUCCUCCCUCCCACUUCCCCUCUCUCUUCCCUCCCCCUUCCCAUCUCUCUCCCUCCCCCCCCUCUCUCUCCCUUCCUCCCCCCUUUUCUUCCCCUCUCUUCAAUUUCUGGCCCUUUUUGCAUGGAAACGUACUGUUUAACAUUCCAACUCUAAGUGAAGUUACGUUAACAAAGUGAAUAAACAAUAAAUAUACAGUAAACAUUACACCUCAGAAUUUUUCAUUCAAAAAAUAAGACAUUUCAAAUGUCCCAUAUUCUUUAUAUCUCAGUCGUGUACAAUUCUGUAAUACUUAAAGUACAAAUUGGGAAAGAAAACUAAAUAACACUAAAUAUGGGUUUUUAUUUACAAUUGUGUUUUUUCUUCACUGGUUGCACCCUUUUCUCUCUGUGGCAACAUCCCAAUCUUGCCAGCUGUGCAUGGCACACUGUGGUUUUUCACCCAGUAGAUAAGGGAGUUUAUUCAAAAUUGGGUUUGUUUUCGAAUUCUUUGUGGAUCGCUGUAAUCUGAGGGACAUAUGUGUCUCUAAUAUGGUCAUACAUUUGGCAGGAGGUUAGGAAGUGCAGCUCAGUUUCCACCUCAUUUUGUGGGCAGUGUGCACAUAGCCUGUCUUCUCUUGAGAGCCAGGUCUGCCUACGGCGGCCUUUCUCAAUAGCAAGGCUAUGCUCACUGAGUCUGUACAUAGUCAAAGCUUUCCUUAAGUUUGGGUCAGUCACAGUGGUCAGGUAUUCUCUCUCUGUUUAGGGACAAAUAGCAUUCUAAUUUGCUCUGUUUUUUUGUUUGUUCUUUCCAAUGUGUCAAGUAAUUCUCUUUUUGUUUUCUCAUGAUUUGGUUGGGUCUAGUUGUGUUGUUGUUGUUGUCCUGAGCUUACUUAGGGGACUCUUCUCCAAGUUCAUCUCUCUGUAGGUGAUGGCUUUGUUAUGGAAGGUUUGGGAAUCGCUUCCUUUUAAGUGGUUAUAGAAUUUAACGUCUCUUCUGGAUUUUGAUAAUUAGCGGGUAUUGGCCUAAUUCUGCUCUGCAUGCAUUAUUUGGUGUUUUACGUUGUACACGGAGGAUGUUUUUGCAGAAUUCUGCAUGCAGAGUCUCAAUUUGGUGUUUGUCGCAUUUUGUGAAUUCUUGGUUGGUGAGCGGACCACAGACCUCAGAACCAUAAAGGGCAAUGGUUUCUAUAACUGAUUCAAGUAUUUUUUGCCAGAUCCUAAUUGGUAUGUCAAAUUUUAUGUUCCUUUUGAUGGCAUAGAAGGCCCUUCUUGCCUUGUCUCUCAGAUCGUUCACAGCUUUGUGGAAGUUACCUGUGGCGCUGAUGUUUAGGCAGAGGUAUGUAUAGUUUUUUGUGUGCUCUAGGGCAAUGGUGUCUAGAUGGAAUUUGUAUUUGUGGUCCUGGCACUGGACCUUUUUGGACAGCCAUUAUUUUUGUCUUACUGAGAUUUACUGUCAGGGUCCCAGUCUCCCCCCCCCCCGCCCCCCCCACCCCUCCCAGCCCCCCAUCCAAAAACAAAAAAAAAACAAAAAAAAAAAAUCAACAAAAAAAAUAAAGAAAAAAAAAAAACAUUACCUUUUUUCUUUUUUAUUUUUUUUUAUAAUUUUUUUUUUUUUUUUUUUUUAUUUUUUUUUUUUUUUUUUUUUUUUUGGUUGUUUUUUGUUUUUAGUAUAACGAUUGUUUUUUGUUCGAGAGGAUUUUUUGGUUGCCACGCCGUCUUCCUUGUUGUCAAAGAGCGCCACAAAACAAAAAAAUCAAAAAAAGAAAAAACAAAAUGUUUUUUUUUUUGUUCUAUUUUGUUUUUUUUCUUUUUUCAGUUUUUUUAUGGUUUUUUAAUUUGUGUUUUUUUUUUUCUUUUUUAAAGGCUUUUUGUGUUUUUUUUUUAUUUCUAAUAUUUUUUUGUUAUUUUUUGUGUUGUUGAAUAUUCUAGAUGAGGCGGAUCUUUGUUGUGGGGGUUUGGUUUGUCUGUCAGGGCCCAUGUCUGACCGAAUCUAUGCAGAAUAUCUAAGGGUGCUGCUGUAAGGCCGUCCUUGUUGGUGACAGAAGCACACAGAUCAUCAGCAAACAAGACAUUUAACUUCAGAUUCUAGUAGGGUGAGGCCGGGGUUGCUGCAGACUGUUCUAGUGCCCCUCGCCAAUUCGUUGAUAUAUAUGUUUGAAGAGGGUGGGCUUAAACUGCAUCCCUGUCUCACCCCACGGCCCUGUGGAAUGAAAUGUGUGUGUUUUUGCCAAUUUUAACCGCACACUUGUUGUUUGUGUACAUGGAUUUUAUAAUGUUGCAUGUUUUUCUCCCCUCUCUUCCUCUCCCUUCCCCCCUCCCCCCCUCUCUCUCGGGAUGCAGCCAAACUGGCAGCGGGGAACCUCCUGGUCAACCCCCUGGAGCCACUUAACGCAGACAGACUGAAGGUUAAGAUAGCAGACCUGGGGAACGCCUGCUGGGUGGUGAGUAUCUGUGCAGAUGACCCAAGGAACCGAAGGGAUUUCAUGCUUAAGUCUUAACAGGCAUUGAUGUUGCCUGCCUGAUUGGUUGAGCGUGCCUGGUGCAAUGGAAAAUGGCAAACCUCCAGAUAGUCUCACUGAAAUGCUCACUCUUAGACCCUUUUUAAAAGUAUUUGAAAACUGCUACUAUUUGAACUCCAGUCUGGGCAAUAUUCCCGUUGACCUGUGUGUCUCCUCCGCAGCACAAGCACUUUACAGAAGACAUCCAGACGAGACAGUACCGUUCUCUGGAGGUGCUCAUAGGGUCUGGCUACAAUACACCAGCCGACAUAUGGAGCACAGCCUGCAUGGUAAGCCUGGACAACCGACGACCGCUGACACACUCUACAUGCAUAACACACUGAACAAAAAUAUAAACGCAACAUGUAAAGUGUUGGUCCCAUGUCUCAUGAGCAGAAGUAAAAGAUCCCAGAAAUGCUCCAUACGAACAAAAAGCAUAUUUAUUAUUUAUUUAGUGCACAAAUUUGUUUACAUCCCAGUUAGUGAGCAUUUCUCCUUUGCCAAGAUAAUCCAUCCACCUGACAGGUGUGGCAUAUCAAUAAUCUGAUUUAAACAGCAUGAUCAUUACACAGGUGCACCUUGUGCUGGGGACAAUAAAAGGCCACUUUAAAAUGUGCAGUUUGUCACACGACACAAUGCCACAGAUGUUUUGAGGGCGCGUGCAAUUGGCAUGCUGACUGCAGCAAUGUCCACCAGAGCUGUUGCCAGAAAAUGGAAUGUUAAUUUCUCUACCAUAAGCCGCCUCCAACGCCGUUUUAGAGAAUUUGGCAGUACGUCCAACCGGCCUCACAACCGCAGACCACAUGUAACCACUCCAGCCCAGGACCUCCACAUCCGGCUUCUUCACCUGUGGGAUCGUUUGAAGGAGUAUUUAUUUCUGUAAUAAAGCCCCUUUGUGCGGAAAAACUCAUUCUGAUUGGCUGGGCCAAGCGCUCAAGUGGGUGGGCCUAUGCCCUCCCAGGUCCACCCAUGGCAGUGCCCCGGCCCAGUCAUGUGAAAACCAUAGAUUAGGGCCUAAUGAAUUUAUUUCAAUUGACUGAUUUCCCUAUAUGAACUAACUCAAUAAAAUCUUUGAAAUUGUUGCAUGUUGCGUUUAUAUUUUUGUUCUAUAUAUAUAAUAUACGUGUGUGUGUGAGAAGAAGAGGUUCAUUUUGUCGUUUCUGUAAAUUAGGUGGUCUUGGAUGUAUCACAAAGUUAAGGAUGACUAGAAUUCCCUUUUACUAACCAAGUGAAUUUCCCAAUUUGAGAUAAUAAAGGAUAUUUGACUUGAAUUAAGGGAAGAGGAAUGUCUGGACAGAAAGGAGGUAAUAUUUAGAACGGCUGACGGUCUUUCUCCCUACAGUACAGUGUCUGUUUCCUGUGAUUUAGUCCGCCUGUUUGUGUUGCUAUUUAUGUUUAUAGUUUGUUUACUUGUCUCUGUAGGCGUUUGAGCUGGCCACGGGGGACUACUUGUUUGAGCCCCAUUCCGGGGAAGAUUACGCCAGGGAUGAAGGUAAUGAUACAUACUCUGCUGCUUGAUUUGGAUCUACGUAGGCUGGUCUUUUCCUGUUUUAGUGUUGUUGCCUCUACACUGUAGCAGUCUGUUUUUAAUGUUUGUUGAAUAUAGGGCUAUAUACAGUGGGGAGAACAAGUAUUUGAUACACUGCCGAUUUUGCAGGUUUUCCUACUUACAAAGCAUGUAGAGGUCUGUCAUUUUUUAUCAUAGGUACACUUCAACUGUGAGAGACGGAAUCUAAAACAAAAAUCCAGAAAAUCACAUUGUAUGAUUUUUAAGUAAUUAAUUUGCAUUUUGAAGCUAUGAAGCUUUUUGCAGUGGGGGGUGUGUGUAUUCAAUGGUACAAUACUGUGCAAUGCGUUUGGUGGUACAAUAUUGUAUGAUUUGAAUAGUAGUGUAGUUGACAAUAUAAACACCACAGUCUCUGCUACUCCAAUUACAACGAUAUGAAUGAGUUUAAUAGCCAUUUGGUUUCUCCAACCCUGUUCUUGGAGAGUUAUCAUCCUGUAGGGUUUCGCUCAAAACCUCAUCUAACACACCUGAUUUGAAUAAUUUAGCUGGGUGAUGAGCUGAAUAAGGUUAGCUACAACUGGGGUUGGAUUGAAAACCUACAGGAGGGUAGCUCUCCAGGAACAGGGUUGGAGAGACUUGGUUCAGCAUAUGUCAGCUAUCCUGGUCCAAUACACUGUGCUUUAGCCAACUAUUCCAUCACGGUCAUGCCAUAUAUUUCCGGAGAGUUGGCAACAGCACGUCUUACGGUAUGGUACCUGGCUAUAUGUAAAUUAUAGUCAAUCUUAAAGGGCCAGUUUCCCAGAUAUUUUAAGCGUAGCCUUGGACUAAAAAACGUGUUCAGUGCAGAUCUUCCAUUGAAAGUGCUUUUUAGUCCAAGGAAACCUGUUCGGUGUUUAUUGGACAUUGUUAUAAGUAAAUCUACGAUCAUGUGAUGUUGAGUACCUGCAUUCCUGUGUCUAUUUCCCUAUAACAAAUUGGAGCCAUAUUUCUGAAGAUGGGCCCACAUCCCCAUCCUUCUCUCCUCAUCCCUAAUUUACUCCUCACCUGUUCUCCUCCCUCCCCUCCUCCUACUCCUCCCUCAUUUACUCCUCACCUGUUCUCCUCCCCCCCUCCUCCUUUGCUGCCUCUGCACGAUGCUUUGCUCACAUCUGCAUGUGGAGUAACUUUAACCUUUUCAGUUUGUAAUGGCUUGAUUGUUUCAGUGGCAUGUUAGGUGUUGGCUGAGUUAGAUGUAGCCUAGCCCAGGGCUAACUGGCAUACCUUGGCUUGUACAGCCUUGUAAUGAGGAAUGUCAUUUCAGUUUACUAUAUGAAGUCUUCAGGUGCUGCGAUCAGCUACAGCUAUCGAUCUGCUACUGCCACAUGUUAACUGCUCAUACCUUGAAUCUAAACACUUAGUUAUAGAUUGGCUGUGUGUGUGUGAACUGUCUUGGUGAGUUUCUGUCUAUUUCCAACAGCUAACCCCAAUUAAUGAUUUCAUUACCAUUCUCCAUCUUACUGGCAUGUCUUAUGUGAAACAGAAACCACGUAUCUUCCUCCUGGAUGUGUGUUUGUCACAAGACUUCAGUCCACUGAUACAGAGGCUUUCUGCACUGAAACCUCUGUUCGAACCACUGAAGUUGUUUGGUUGGCAAAGAUACUGUGGAUUUCUCUGUUGGACUAGAGUAACUCUAGGGUUUUGUCAUCUGUAUCCAUUUGUCUUAAAAUUCUGCCACUUGGCUCUGUUCUGCUUCUUCACCACCCCCUCUAUUUCCCUGUAUCCUCCGCUUUCUCUCCCCCCUCUCUCUGCUCUCUCCCCCCCUCUCUCUGCUCUCUCCCACCGCCUCUCUCUGCUUUCUCCCCCCCCUCUCUGCUUUCCUCCCCCCCCUCUCUGCUUUCUCCCCCCCUCUCUGCUUUCUCCUCUCCCCCCCCUCUGCUUUCUUCUCCCCCCCUCUGCUUUCUCCCCCCCUCUCUGCUUUCUCUCCCCCCCUCUCUGCUUUCUCCCCCCCUCUCUGCUUUCUCCCCCCCUCUCUGCUUUCUCCCCCCCCUCUCUGCUGUCUCCCCCUCUCUCUGCUUUCUCUCCCACCCUCUCUGCUCUCUCCCCCACCCUCUCUCUGCUCCCCCCCCUCCCACCCUCUCUCUGCUCUCCCCCCCCCCACCCCCUCUCUCUGCUCUCCCCCCCCCAUCCCUCCUCUCUCUCUCCCCCCCCCACCCUCUCUCUCUCUCCCCCCCCCCCCCCCUCUCUCUCUCUCCCCCCUCUCUCUCCCCCCCCCCCUCCUUUUCUCCCCCCCCCCCACCCUCUCUCUCUCUCCCCCCCCCCCUCUCUCUUGCUCCCCCCCCCCCCCCACCCUCUCUCUGCUCUCCCCCCCCCCCCCCACCCUCUCUCUUCUCUCCCCCCCCCCCACCCUCUCUCCUUCUCUCCCCCCCCCCCCCCCCUCUCCUCUUCUCUCCCCCCCCCCACCCUCUCUCUUCUCUCCCCCCCCCCCUCUCUCCUCUCCCCCCCCCCACCCUCUCUCUUCUCUCCCCCCCCCCACCCUCUCUCUUGCUCUCCCCCCCCCCCCCCUCUCUCUCUCUCCCCCCCCCCCACCCUCCCCCCCCCCCCCCUCUCUCUUCUCUCCCCCCCCCCCCCCCCUCUCUCUCUCUCCCCCCCCCCACCCUCUCUCUCUCUCCCCCCCCCCCCCUCUCUCCCCUCCUCUCUCUCCCCCCCCCCCUCUCUCUGGCUCCCCCCCCCCUCUCUCUGCUCCCCCCCCCCCACCCCUCUCUGCUUCUCCCCCCCCCCACCCUCUCUCGCUCUCCCCCCCCCCACCCUCUCUCUCUCUCCUCUCCCCCCCCCCCCCCCCUCUCCUCUCUCUUCCCCCCCCACCCUCUCUCUGCUCUCCCCCCCCCCCCCCCUCUCUCUUUCCCCCCCCCCCUCCCCCCCCCCACCCUCCCCUCGCUCUCUCUGCUCUCCCCCCCCCCCCGCUCUCUCUUCCCCCCCCCCACCCUCUCUCUGCUCUCCCCCCCCCCCCCUCUCUUCUCUCCCCCCCCCACCCUCUCUCUGCUCUCCCCCCCCCCCCCCUCUCCCUCCCUCCCCCCCCCCACCCUCUCCCUCUCCCCCCCCCCACCCUCCCCCUCUCCUGCUCCCCCCCCCACCCUCUCUCUGCUCUCCCCCCCCCCACCUCUCUCUCUCUCUCUCUUUUCCCCCCCCCACCCACCCUCUCUCCCCCUCCCCCCCCCACCCUCUCUCUGCUCUCUCUGCUCCCCCCCCCACCCUCUCUCUGCUCUCUCUCCCCCCCCCCCACCCUCUCUCUCUCUCCCCCCCCCCCACCACUCCUCUGCUCUCCCCCCCCCACCCUCUCUCUGCUCUCCCCCCCCCCCCCACUCUUCUCUCCCCCCCCCCACCCUCUCUCUCUCUCCCCCCCCCCCCCUCUCUCUUCUCUCCCCCCCCACCCUCUCUCUGCUCUCCCCCCCCCACCCCUCUUACUCUCCCCCCCCCACCCUCUCUCUUCUCUCUCCCCCCCCCACCCCUCUCUCUUGCUCUCUCUGCUUUCUCUCCCCCUGCUCUCUCUGCUUUCUCUCCCCUCUUUCUUAUCUUCUCUCCUCUUUCCCUGUUCUAUCCUGCUCUCCUCCACCCCCUCUCUCUCCGUGACCUGCCCCGGGCCUCCAGACCACCUAGCUCUGAUUAUUGAGCUGUUGGGAAAAGUUCCCCGCCACUAUGCACUGAGUGGGAAAUUCUCACAGGAAUACUUCACCAGAAGAGGUAUGCUACUGUGUGUCUGCGGCCUGCCCUGGGGGACGUGGGAGAGUAGGGAGGUAGUGCAGGCAAGGUCCUAUGACAGCAACAAAAGUCCCACCACCCAAUUGCUACAUUCCAAUGUCCGGUUGGUACCGACAAUAGUAGGGAUUGGUUGAAGCUCAAUGUUCUAUUCAAAUCUCCCGACCAUCAUAGCUAAGCCAAUAUGACACCAAUGUUGAUGGACAUAAUCUAAUCAACUUGAUUUGAGGUAAGCAACACACUCCUCGCCUCUCGUCAUGAGCCGUCCGGCCGUUACCGAGAACCACAUGCAGGAUUUUUAACAGGGUCGUUACUUUCUUGCCCCGACCUAGCUCAAUAUCUAGGCGUUGGAUAAGAACGAGACUACAGCGUCCAUAAAGUGAUCAUUAGACUUGCCACCUUUCGGACUGAAUACGUUUGUAGGGGCAACAGUUUGGAUAAAAAUUUAUAAUUUAUCGCUCUCACGUGCUCGUUUCUGUACAUUUAAGAACCAACUAUGUGCUACCUUUUUGUAGCAUUUCUGACAAUGCUAACAUGUUUUUUUUUUUGUCGAAGCUCAGAGUUCGAACACCGGGUCGGUUGCUCGGCAACAACACAGCUGCUUGCACCAGGCUGCCAGUCAUAAGAAGUGUAUGCGAGCAUAUCUAGGCUACUGUAGAUAGCGAUAUGGUGGUAUUCAAGCUGAGAUUAAUCAAUAAAUGCAAACUGAUAUUUUGAUUUAACUAGCUAGCUAACAUUAGCUAAUGUUAGGUUGCUUGUCCAGUGACUAGCCUAUGUAGCUAGCUAACACCAGUCAGCUUAAAGCUAGCUAGCUAGUUAGCGAACAGGCAAAUAAAGGUAGUUGGCCAAUGAAUGUGGUUUUGAUUAGCUAGGUAGCUAGCUAAUGUAGCGAUCUAGCUAGCUAACGUAACGUUAUACCAGUCAGAUAAGAGCUAACGUUGGCUAGGUAGCUAAACAACAAGCGAGGAACGCUAGCUAUGUUUUGCCAAGUAAGGCUUUUCAUAGAAGGCUGAAGUCGUGUAAACUGCUGACCUAGACACUUGCGUGUAAUCAGAGCACUAACAAAUAUGCACAAAUAAGCUAGCGAACGUCCUUGGCUGCUAUGCUAGCCAGUUACCAUUGUGUGCUAGCUACAAUCAAUGAGAGGCAUUGCUUAAGUUUACUACCGAACUAACUUUUGUGUAUGGGUGGUCCUCUGUAGCUCAGCUGGUAGAGCACGGCGCUUGUAACGCCAAGGUAGUGGGUUCGAUCCCCGGGACCACCCAUACACAAAAAUGUAUGCACGCAUAAAUGUAAGUCGCUUUGGAUAAAAGCGUCUGCUAAAUGGCAUAUUAUUUUAUUAUUUUAACUAGUUGAGUAGCCAACGUUACCCCAACAAGACUGUACCAUAACUCCAAUUUUGGUAAUGUGCCAUAGCUACAUUCUUCCACAAAACAUAGCUAGCUAAAUAGGCUCAAAGCAGGUUCAAAGCCAACGGCAAACUUUGGGAACGUGUCACAUAGCUAGCUAACUACCUUAGAAUGUAUGCAAUGGGUAUUGCAAAACUAGCUAGGUAGCCUACUCAAUAGACCAAGCUACAGUAAGACAAGGUAGACAUAUUUCAGGCAGGACAAACACUGCAGUUAGCUAUGCUACAUUUCCUCGGCUAAGAACAACCAAGACCACAACACAAACCAUAGCCGAGAAAAUGUGCUUUAAGAAACGGUAAGCUAGCUAUGUUGAACUGCAUGUAGAAAAUGGUUGAACCCCAAACACACAUGUAAACAUAGCCUCGGUUCAGUUGUGCACUGCAAGUUUAUGCAAUUUACCAGACUCGACUGACAGCAUCGCUGUUUGAAACAUGUAGAAUAAAUUCCGGCAUACUGAUAGUGUCAAGUUACUUUUCAGUGUGUUCCCAGAAAAUCUGAAGGUUAAAAAGUAGUCUGCGGGUGCUGCACACGGUGCACCCAGGUAAAACAUCAGAAUCAUUGCUUGCUUGCGCAACCUGCUGUGCGCAGUCAAAAUAAAAUAAAAUGCUUGCUAACUUGGUUAGCUACGUCAUUAAAUGAACACAAUCAUUUUGGAACGAACGCUUCCAGACUGUCCAUUUUAAAUGGUCUGUCAGUCAAUGACUACGUUUACAUGCACAGUAUUAUUUUAAUAUUUUUUUAUUAAUUUUUUUAUUUAACCAGGUAAGCCAGUUGAGAACAGGUUCUCAUUUACAACUGCGACCUGGCCAAGAUAAAGCAAAGCAGUUCAAUAAAAACAACACAGAGUUACAUAUGGGGUAAAAAACAUAAGGUCAAAAAUACAACAGAAAAUAUAUAUACAGUGUGUGCAAAUGUAGCAAGUUAUGGAGGUAAGGCAAUAAAUAGGCUAUAGUGCAGAAUAAUUACAAUAGUAUUAACACUGGAAUGCUAGAUGUGCAAGAGAUUAUGUGCAAAUAGAGAUACUGGGGUGCAAAAGAGCAAAAUAAAUAACAAUAUAGGGAUGAGGUAGUUGGGUGGGCUAAUUUCAGAUGGGCUGUGUACAGGUGCAGUGAUCGGUAAGGUGCUCUGACAACUGAUGCUUAAAGUUAUUGAGGGAGAUAAGAGUCUCCAGCUUCAGAGAUUUUUGCAAUUCGUUCCAGUCAUUGGCAGCAGAGAACUGAAAGGAAUGGCGGCCAAAGGAGGUGUUGGCUUUGGGAAUGACCAGUGAGAUAUACCUGCUGGAGCGCAUACUACGGGUGGGUGCUGCUAUGGUGACCAAUGAGCUAAGAUAAGGCGGGGAUUUGCCUAGCAGUGAUUUAUAGAUGGCCUGGAGCCAGUGGGUUUGACGACGAACAUGUAGUGAGGACCAGCCAACAAGAGCGUACAGGUCACAGUGGUGGGUAGUGUAUGGGGCUUUGGAGACAAAAACGGAUGGCACUGUGAUAGACUACAUCCAAUUUGCUGAAUAGAGUGUUGGAGGCUAUUUUGUAAAUGACAUCGCCGAAGUCAAGGAUCGGUAGGAUAGUCAGUUUUACGAGGGCAUGUUUGGCAGCAUGAGUGAAGGAGGCUUUGUUGCGAAAUAGGAAGCCGAUUCUAGAUUUAACUUUGGAUUGGAGAUUCUUUAUGUGAGUCUGGAAGUUGAGUUUACAGUCUAACCAGACACCUAGGUAUUUGUAGUUGUCCACAUACUCUAGGUCAGACCCGUCGAGAGUAGUGAUUCUAGUCGGGUGGGCGGGUGCCAGCAGCGUUCGAUUGAAAAGCAUGCAUUUAGUUUUACUAGUGUUUAAGAGCAGUUGGAGGCUACUGAAGGAUUGUUGUAUGGCAUUGAAGCUCGUUUGGAGGUUUGUUAACACAGUGUCCAAUGAAGGGCCAGAUGUAUACAAAAUGGUGUCGUCUGCGUAGAGGUGGAUCUGAGAGUCACCAGCAGCAAGAGCGACAUCAUUGAUAUACACGGAGAAAAGUGUCGGCCCAAGAAUUGAACCCUGUGGCACCCCCAUAGACUGCCAUAGGUCCAGACAACAGGCCCUCCGAUUUGACACACUGAACUCUAUCUGAGAAGUAGUUGGUGAACCAGGCGAGGCAGUCAUUUGAGAAACCAAGGCUAUUUAGUCUGCCAAUAAGAAUGCGGUGGUUGACAGAGUCGAAAGCCUUGGCCAGGUCGAUGAAGACGGCUGCACAGUACUGUCUAUUAUCAAUCGCGGUUAUAAUAUCGUUUAGGACCUUGAGCGUGGCUGAAGUGCACCCGUGACCAGCUCGGAAACCGGAUUGCAUAGCGGAGAAGGUACGGUGGUAUUCGAAAUGGUCGGUGAUCUGUUUGUUAAAUUGAUUAUGGCAGUAGGCAAAUUAUGCAAUAGUCAUGUGAAAGUCUUACUCUGCUCAUCUUAAUUGGCGUAAGGUCAAAAUCUAAGUAAGCAUACACCGAUUAAAACACCUGGGUUUCUGAGGACUUUUUUAUGCAUUAUUAGGACAUGUAAACACACCGCUGGAUCACCGAUUUUAAGGUAUUUGAUCUGCGCAUGUGCUAGCACCAGACGAGCUAGCCUCCCUCUCUAGUGUGAGGGAAGUGUCAAAUAUGCUUCCCAAAAAUAACAUGGACGCUGUGGUAGAACAUUUAUUUUGAUUGUCGAUAUUCUGCAUUUAUCAGUGCCAUCACUAGCCUGAUUUUCAGAUGUGUCCAUGUAAGCAGGAUUAUUAGGGAAAUGUUCUUCUUGCAAAGCAUGUAAACAUUUGAAUCAAACUAUUAUAUUAAUCUGACUAUCCACAAUCACAUAUGUGCAUGUAACCAUACUCAAUGUGUUUAGAACAGGGUUCGUGGUGUAAUGGUUAGUUACUGCCUGUGGAUCUGAAGAUUGCGGGUUCGCCUCCCAGAGGAGACAUUUUGACCAUUAUUUCGUCUAUAGUUAUGACAGCCCCGUCCCGACACACACACAAACACACACUUAAUUUAUUAAGUUAAGCUUUGGGUUCGUGGAGUGGCAGUGAGUGUGGUGUGUACUACUGUGUGCGUCUUGCUAGAACAGAGGAGAGUCAAGCUCUCAGACUCUCAAGGAAGUUAGAUGCACGCCAUCCCUACUGUACUGCCCAGAGACACACUGCUUGAAUUGUGGGCAUGCGCCUAUCACGGAGAAAUGCAAAACCAGCUGGUUGACAGAGAGCCGGGCCAUCUCUAUGGGCUUAUUGAUGUCCUCCUCCCACUGGAACAUCUCUAUGGGCUUAUUGAUGUCCUCCUCCCACUGGAACAUCUCUAUGGGCUUAUUGAUGUCCUCCUCCCACUGGAACAUCUCUAUGGGCUUAUUGAUGUCCUCCUCCCACUGGAACAUCUCUAUGGGCUUAUUGAUGUCCUCCUCCCACUGGAACAUCUCUAUGGGCUUAUUGAUGUCCUCCUCCCACUGGAACAUCUCUAUGGGCUUAUUGAUGUCCUCCUCCCACUGGAACAUCUCUAUGGGCUUAUUGAUGUCCUCCUCCCACUGGAACAUCUCUAUGGGCUUAUUGAUGUCCUCCUCCCACUGGAACAUCUCUAUGGGCUUAUUGAUGUCCUCCUCCCACAGGAACAUCUCUAUGGGCUUAUUGAUGUCCUCCUCCCACUGGAACAUCUCUAUGGGCUUAUUGAUGUCCUCCUCCCACUGGAACAUCUCUAUGGACUUAUUGAUGUCCUCCUCCCACUGGAACAUCUCUAUGGGCUUAUUGAUGUCCUCCUCCCACUGGAACAUCUCUAUGGGCUUAUUGAUGUCCUGCUCCCACUGGAACAUUCAACUCCUCCAUUGUGUGAUGUCAGAGUAAACCACUGUUGUCCCGGGGAACAUUCAGAUGACUACCUCAAAAUCAGCUCUCAUCUGACGCACCAGGGCUGUCCCCUGUGUGUCCCUAGUCUUUUCCACUGAAGUUUGGGCCAAAAAUCAACCGGACCAAAAAUCAACGUCCAUGGAAGACGAUACAGCUAGUUUGGAGAAUUAACAUAGCAGGUUAGGAUAAUUAGUUUAAGGUUAGGAAAAGGGUUAGGGUUAGCGAAAAUGCUCUCCUAACCUGCUACGAAAAGUCACUUGUAUCGAAGUGGCGCGUUGUUAGUGAGUCCCGUCUGUAGACGUUGAAAUCAAGGACAGUCCGGACAGGACCAAAAAAAGAUGUUCAAAAGAUGUCGGCAUAGGUCCCCUUAGUGUGAAAUAACCAUCAACAAGUAAACAACUGGAGGGGGGACUGGGGGGACUCACUUAUUCAGUACUUUGAGUUACUUACAGGAACUGGUAUGUGCUUAAUGAAAAGCAGCUGUUGAUAUUCACCCCCCUCUUUAAAGGGAGAAUCCAUAUGUUUUGCAUGAAUGCAAAUAGCCAUGUCUACGAAGUAAUAGCCAGGGCCCGGUUUCCCAUAGCGAUGGAACUCGUGUUUUAACGAUUCAGCAUUUUCAAUAACGGCCGAAGAACUCUCACUCGUUUCCCAAAACACCACGUAGGGAGAACUUUCAAAUAGUACAGUACCAGUCAAGUUUGGACACACUUACUCAUUCAAGGGUUUUUCUUUAUUUUUUACUAUUUUCUAUAUUGUAGAAUAAUAGUGAAGACAUCAAAACUAUGAAAUAACACACAUGGAAUCAUGUAGUAACCCAAAAAGUUUUAAACAAAUCAAAGUAUAUUUUAUAUUUGAGGUUCUUUAAUGUAGCCACCCUUUGCCUUGACAGCUUUGCAUUCUCUCAACCAGCUUCAUGAGGUAGUCACCUGGAAUUCUUUUCCAACAGUCUUGAAGGAGUUCCCACAUAUGCUGAGCACUUGUUGGCUGCUUUUCCUUCACUCUGCGGUCCAACUCAUCCCAAACUAUCUCAAUUGGGUUGAAGUCAGGUGAUUGUGGAGGCCAGGUCAUCUGAUACAGCACUCCAUCAAUCUCCUUCUUGGUGAAAUAGCCCUUACACAGCCUGGAGGUGUGUUGGGUCAUUGUCCUGUUGAAAAACAAAUGAUAGUCCCACUAAGCGCAAACCAGAUGGGAUGGCGUAUCGCUGCAGAAUGCUGUGGUAGCCAUGCUGGUUAAGUGUGCCUUGAAUUCUAAAUAAAUCACUGACAGUGUCACCAGCAAAGCACCAUCACACCACCACCUUCAUGCUUCACGGUGGUAACCACACGUGCAGAGAUCAUCCUUUCACCUACUCUGUGUCUCACAAAGACGCGGCGGUUGGAACCAAAAAUCUCAAAUUUGGACCCAUCAGACCAAAUGACAGAUUUCCACCAGUCUAAUGUCCAUUGCUUGUGUUUCUUGGCCCAAUCAAGUCUCUUCUUCAUAUCAGUGUCCUUUAGUAGUGGUUUCUUUGCAGCAAUUCAACCAUGAAGGCCUGAUUCACGCAGUCUCCUCUGAACAGUUGAUGUUGAGAUGUCUGUUACUUGAACUCGACAGUGCAAAUAAAUACUUCACAAUUUCUGAGGCUGGUAACUAAUGAACUUAUCCUCUGCAGCAGAGGUAACUGUGGGUCUUACAUUCCUGGUGCGGUCCUCAUGAGAGCCAGUUUCAUCAUAGCGCUUGAUUGUUUUUGCGAAUGCUCUUGAAGACACUGAAAGUUCUUGACAUUUUCCGUAUUGACUGACCUUCAUGUCUUAAAGUAAUUAUGGACUGUCGUUUCUCUUUGCUUAUUUGAGCUGUUCUUGCAAUAAUAUGGACUUGGUAUUUUACCAAAUAGGGCUAUCUUCUGUAUACCCCCCCACAAUACAACUGAUUGGCUCAAACGCAUUAAGAAGGAAAUAAAUUACACAAAUUACAUUUUAAGAAGGCACACCUGUUAAUUGAAAUGCAUUCCAGGUGACUACCUCAUGAAGCUGGUUGAGAAAAUGCCAAGAGUGUGCAAAGCUGUCAUCAAGGCAAAGGGUUAUAUUUGAAGAAUCUCAUGGUUCCAUAUGUGUUAUUUCAUAGUUUUGAUGACUUCACUAUUAUUCAACAAUGUAGAAAAUAGUACAAAUAAAGAAAAACCCUUGAAUGAGUUGGUGUGUCCAAACUUUUGACUGGUAGUGUACGUCGUUAGAGCAUGUGUCUAUACUGAUAGGAUUGAAAGAAGGCAGUGCUGCUCUCAGUUCAGCGUUCGCCAUUAAAAUCUUUCCUUAACAUUCGAUACUGAUGAUGGAUCAGCUCCUAGAGAGAAAUAAUCACUUAUGGCAAAUAUUGAGGCGGCUUAUUCUAAUGCUUAGGCUAUGCACUAAAGCAAAUAUUUGACACAUCAUUGCGCACAUGUUGUUAGGCCUACACAUCAAUAAAUUGAUGCAAAACAUUUGACAGUAUCCUACAAUUAGCAAAAUAGAACUAAAUUGAUUGAUCAUUAAAUUGAUUUCAAUAUAAUUUAAAUAUAUCGGCCAAUGCAACCUACUGCAUUUAUCUUUUAAUGCAGUCAUCUUGGUUUUCAUUUGAAGCAUCUUUUUUGACCCUUUGCUUGUUUAUAACAAUUGCUAAGACACUGGCAACUUUGUAUUGUAGUCAACUUCAUUCUAAAGUUAUCGGUGGUCACAGAAGGACAGAUGAACAUCUUGAUUCAAUGUUUAGCUGAGAUCUUCUGUGUAUAAAGUGAUGCGGAAGGGCAAAAAAAGCAACUGACUCCAGUUAGCAGUUCUAUGAGUGGUCUGAGGCAGUCGGUAAAUAGUGUUUUUAAGUGCAUAUUUAGUUAACGAUGGUUUUGGGAAUUUAAUGAUGCCCCUACGACGGUUCUGACUAACUUAGCCUUAAGAUGCUUUUGGGAAACCGGGCCCUGGACAAUAAAUGAUGUGAGACAAAACGUUUUACAUCAUUUGAAGCGCAAAUCAAUUUUUUGAAAAAGACACCUUUUGCAUGUGAACAUUUUGUAUAAUUUAAGUUUGUAUAAUCACCUUCUGGUGUAAAAACAUAGACAUUUUAAAACCAAAAAACAAUGUUUUAAGUGAGAAGUAGGGAUUGGUCUGAGGCCGAAAAAGAAAGGAAAUUAAGAGCACCAUGAUGCCUACUCCACCCAUGCUCCACCAAGGUUUUUCAGUUUUCCUACUACAGUAGCAAUGUUGGUCUAUUGUACUUCAAACAAUGUGUAUGCAGGUUGCUUAGGAUUCAAACAGCCUAAUUCAUACUCUUCAGAGGAAUAAUGGACUUUACAGUGUCCUGCUAUUAAAUGUGUAUUUUUUUUAUAUAGGCCUAUUGUAAAUGUGUAUUGUUUCUGAGCUGAUGUCAAUAUUACACAGGUAAGCUAACGGUUACAGAAAUCAGGAAUGUAGACGGGCUCUAUAGACCUCCUAUAUAUAAGGGACUUAACACCACCACUUGGUGUUAUGUUGGGCACCUACUGACCAAUUUUUUUUUUUAAUGAAAUAUAUAUUUUUGCUAAAAUAAAGGUUGAAGGAACUAAAGGCAGGCACCACAUUAAUACAAGACAAAACAGCUCGCUCAAUCAAGCAGAAUGGUCUUGUAAGUAUAAAGCAAAGCUUGCUUUCAUCAAUAAAUAAAGAAGUUUGAAAAGGUGUGUGUGUGUGUGUGUGUGUGUGUGUGUGUGUGUGUGUGUGUGUGUGUGUGUGUGUGUGAAGAAUACAAUAUUUGAACUUGCAUGCGGUACAAAUCACAUUGUGGGAGCACCUCCUCUAACCGUAUGAAUUAGGCUGUUUGAGAAGGUUUGAAUCCUAAGCAACCUUAGGAUUCAAACCUAGCCAAGCCAAAAAGAGUUGACCUGUCAGUCAAUCUGCAAAUCCGUGGCUCAAAACCACCAGAUCUAUGCAAUAAAAACGAAUUGUUAUCAAAAACAAAAAUGUUAGUUCCAAAAACAAUUAAAAAAGACACUUUUUAAAAUAACUAAAUAUGUAACAAUUUACAGGAGUUCUCUGUCGAGGCUGCUACCAGGGCGCCAUGGCAACUACUAACUUGUAUUCAAGAGCAUGUGUCUCAACCGAUGGCGGGCACAACAAAAAAAACGUCAGAGUAUGUGGAAAGUCUAAACUACAACAAAUGCGAAUAGGAAGACAAAAAUUACUGAGUUUACACGUUUUAAAUAAUUUACGUUAAAGGUAUAAAAAGGAAAAAAAAUUUACUCACAUUUUUAAAAUAAAUAAUACAAUUGUUUGACAACACUUCGUAAGCUUUUAAAUUAUACCUUUUAUCUCCUGAAUGUUUUGGCUAAUCUUCCAUAGGCAAAUCAAAACAUAUGCUGUCAAAAAGUAAUUGAAUUCAAAUUGAUUGACCCCUCUACUUAGUUUUAAGUGGGUUUAAAAUGGAUUGUACACCCCAAAAAUAAAAGGUGGAUUCCUCUAAGUGCUGUCAGACUGAUCCCCUCUUACCUCUCCCUCGCCCCUCCACCCAGGGUGGGCAUGUGACUGGAACACUGUCUGAUGAAUAUGUUGUCUGUCUCGUCCUCCCCUCCCCUCUUCCCUUCCCCCUCUCUUUUUUUGCUCUUUGUCUGAGCAGACCAUAUUGCAUUGAUCAUUGAGCUGCUGGGGCAAGUCCCACGCAAACUCAUAACGGCUGGGAAAUAUUCCAAGGAUUUUUUCACCAAGAAAGGUAAAGCUGUUAUGUAACGUUUUAAAAUUAAGACCCAUCACCCCUUUGUUGUAAACGCAAACAUCUGUGCGUGUAGUUCAUAGUGCCAUUCGUUUUUUUGUUGGAUGUCCCUCUAUGCUCCUUAAUCAGUCUUGAAGGAUGUCAAUAGUAUACUGUUAAGUCACAAUCACUGGUUUACUGCUGAAUGACGGUCUUGAUUUUUAUUUGUAACGAGCAUAAGGAAGACUUUAAUGACAGUCUUGUGUGUGUGUGUGUUUGUCAUGUUGGAGUUUUGUCAUUGUAUUGUCAUGUCCCACCGUCAUGUUGGUGGUGUGAUGUGAAUCCCUGUCUCUGACUGACUGACCUACCUACCAACCCUGCUAUCUUUCUGAGACUGACUGUGCUGUCUCUCUGUGUCUAACCCUGCUAUCUUCCCUAGGUGACCUGAAGCACAUCACCAAGCUGAAGCCGUGGGGGUUACUAGAGGUGCUGCAGGAUAAGUACGAGUGGCCCAAAGAGGAGGCUGAUUGUUUCGCUGACUUCCUCCUCCCCAUGCUGGAGCUGGUACCAGAGAAGAGGGCCACGGCCGCAGACUGCCUGCGCCACCCCUGGAUCGCCCCCCAGUGACUGCCUCCAGUACUGCAAUGCAAAAUACCCUGGGGCCUGUUCAGUAGGCAAACAUUGUGGAAUGUUGCAGAUAACUGUCAUGACUGGAGCUGACAUGGUUCCCUUUUCUACAUGUCAUAGAGGCAUGAUUGUUCUACAUUUUAGAGAUUUUUAUCAGAACGUUCCAUAACGUUUUGUCCUGCUGAAUGCACCCCUGGCCUGGAUUACCCUCUAAUGGAGCCUUCCAACAACUGCGAUGUAAAACCCUGGGGCCGUGUUCAGGAGCAUGUAACGUUACUGAACCUUCAGAUGUAUGGCGUUGAACAGAGAGAUAUGAUCAUCUGUCAAAUAGAAUAGGGAAUCGUGUCCACUCUAUUCUUUCAAUUUCUAUCUGCAAUGUCACAUUAUGAAAUGUUUGUAAUUUAGUAGACGCUCUUAUCCAGAGCGACUAAGUAUCUGCUAAAUGACUGAAAAGUAAAAUGAGCAUUUAAUUUGUGGUCCUCUGUAGCUCAGCUGGUAGAGCACGGUGCUUGUAACGCCAGGGUAGUGGGUUCGAUCCCCGGGACCACCCAUACACAAAAAUGUAUGCACGCAUGACUGUAUGUCGCUUUGGAUGAAAGCGUCUGCUAAAUGGCUUAUUAUUAUUAUUAUUAUAAUUUCCCUGAAAACACCCCUGGAUGUAUGCCCUCUAGUGGUGGCCUCCAGUCACUGCGAUGCAUAUUAAACACCUUACAAGAGACUUGUUGCAACAGAUCACUUUCCGAUUCAAGCAUAUCUGAGAUGACUUAUUUAUUUCUGUUUUGUUUGUGUUUUAGGUUUUGUUUUCUUGUUCUUAUCAUCAAGGAGCGUCUGAUGUUUGUAGGCUUGUUAUUCCUUUCUUUCCUUUGUACUGAUGGUGUUUAAAGAAGCCACUAGGCAAUAUUGGUUUUAUGGUCAAUCAUUUUGGCGGUCUAGAAUUCUGUACUCUUCUCACCUAUAUGAGGACUUGUCUUUGUAAUUGUUGUUAUCGUGACUCUCCUACCACCAUCUUGUUUCGUUCUACGCCUGCACAAGACCCGGAACAGAUCAAGAUCAAUGAACUGUAGUGCCCCUCCACUUUUGUAACCCUGUCUCUGUUUUAAAUAUCUUGAUACCACUUGGUUUUUCUCUGAUUUACAUGUCAUUGGUGUCGGUCUGUGUUCCCUUUUUAAGGCGAAGCGUAUACUUCUGUGUUACACCUUCACCCAUAAGGCAUCGUUUUCCUUUGUAUUAAAGCGUAGUAUUAGGAAGUUACACAUAGAGCAGACAAACAUGAAUGGACUUGUAGGAUGCACUCCACUCUCUUUUAUUUUUAUUUCUAGGUCUCCACCACCAAUAAGUACAAUCGAGGACUGUCUUGUUCAGAUUAG